ACAACUAAUGUAUCUAUAAAUAAGAAAUCCUCCUCAGCUUCAUUUCAUCUUCCAAUUAUUGAGCCGUGCCUUGGUCAGAAUGCAUUCCUUCUAAUUCUACUCUACCCAUAAAAAAAAAAUAUCAAAUUCGAUGUAUUCUGUUCAAAAUUUUAGAGAUCGGUCAUAAGGUAAAAGACAGUCUUCUUCGUCUUAUAGGUCGUAGUUUUUCUUGAGAUUAUUGUGUUCAUCACCGGCAAUGGAAGUUGUUGAGAAUUCUAAGAAUCCAAAUCAUUCGCCGGAGAGGAAACGUGGAGGCUGGAGAGCUAUUUCGUUCAUCCUUGGAAAUGAGACGUUAGAGAGGAUGGGAACGAUGGGGUUAUCGGCGAACUUCAUGGCGUAUUUAACCAAAGUAUUCCACAUGGAGCUAGUGGACGCUUCCAACGUUUACAACUUGUGGUUAGGUCUCUCCAAUUUAGCUCCACUCCUCGGUGCAAUAAUCUCUGACGCCUACGUUGGCCGCUUCAAGACCAUCGCUUACGCCUCCUUCUUCUCUCUUUUCGGACUAAUGACGGUGACACUCACUGCAUGGCUGCAUCAACUCCACCCACCAGAAUGCAACAUCCACCAUCCAGAUAGUUGCCACCGUCCAAACAAACUCCAGCUCGGAGUAUUGUUCCUCGGUCUCUGUUUUCUCUCCAUCGGCAGCGGCGGGAUACGACCUUGUAGCAUCCCUUUCGGAGCAGACCAGUUUGACCAACGAACAGAGAAAGGCCUCAAAGGAAUGGCUAGUUACUUCAAUUGGUACUACUUAACUUUCUCCAUCGUUCUCAUCGUUUCGCAUACCAUCAUUGUCUACAUACAGGACAACAUCAGCUGGACCGUUGGGUUUAGCGUUCCGACCGGUUUAAUGGCUUGCUCGAUCGUUUUGUUCUUUGUUGGUACGCGGUUUUACGUGUAUGUCAAACCGGAAGGGAGUGUAUUCUCUGGUAUUGUUCGAGUCAUUUUGGCUGCUCGUAAGAAACGGAACCUCGAGCUUCCGGUAGAGGAUGGGACAGUGGAGUAUUAUGACCCGCCACUUAAACAUGGAGUGUUAUCCAAGUUACCACUCACCAACCAAUACAAGUUCCUUGACAAAGCGGCGGUGAUCAAAGAGGGUGAUCUGACAUCCGAUGGAGUGCCGGUGAAUAAGUGGAGGCUAUGUAGCAUUCAAGAAGUCGAAGAGGUCAAGUGUUUGAUCAGAAUCAUUCCGGUUUGGUCGGCCGGGAUAAUCUCCGUUGUUACAGUGUCCACACAAGGAACUUUCAUAGUCCCUCAAGCUAGGAAAAUGGACCGACACAUGGGACCGCACUUUGAGAUCCCGGCAGGUUCCUUAUCCGUCAUAUCUUUCAUUACAAUAGGCCUAUGGUUGCCUAUCUACGACCGCAUCCUAGUCCCGUCCCUUUGGCGAAUCCGUAACUUCAGGCUCACGCUCCUUCAGCGGAUGGGGAUAGGGAUCGUGUUCGGCAUCAUGUCCAUGUUCUCUGCAGCGCUUGUGGAGAGAGUGAGGAGGACGCAGGCUUUGGAAAUGACGCAGAUGUCUGUGUUUUGGUUGGCGCUUCAGCUGGUUCUGAUGGGACUCUCCGAGUCAUUUAACUUCAUUGGACAGAUCGAGUUCUUUAACAGUCAGUUCCCUGAGCACAUGAGAAGCCUUGCGAACUCGCUGUUUCCGCUCUCUUUUGCAGCAUCUCACUACUUAACCAGUGUGCUGUUGACGACCGUGCAUAAGUUGUCAGGCGGAAAAGACCAGCCGGACUGGCUGGACAAUAACCUUGACAAAGGGAGACUGGAUUACUUCUACUAUAUGAUUGCUGGUUUGGGUGUUGUUAACCUUGUCUACUUCUGGUACUGUGCUAGAAGCUACCAGUACAAGACCGGUUCACAAAUGGAAGAUUUGGAAGAGGAGAAAUCAUUAGUAGACUAGAACGAAACCACAUGUAUGUAUG